AUGGAGAACUUCUUCGAUCUAGACGACAUGCUAAUCCCAGUGGUAGCUGAUGUUGAUUCCGAUGCAGAAACUGAGGUGGAUGAUGAUUUGCCAGGUCCAGUAGGGGACAUAGAGUCUGAUGAUUCGGGAUACGAUAAUGACGUUGAAGCACGGUUUGAUGGGCCGGCGACGUUCAGAAAUUGGUUCGGCCUGCAUUCUCGAAUCGCCGAAGCUAAUCCAAAUCGCCGGAUUGGACGUAUUUACAGUUUAUAUGUAGAUGAAGAGCUAUGUGUCGAAAGAUUUCGACAUGCAGCCACUCUUCCUGCGGGACGGCAUCUAUUAGAUUUGGAGUUUGUGCCCCAAAUCCGUCAAGAGGGCUUUCUUUUUAUGGAUCCUUUGUUGGUGUUGUUGGGUGAUCUGGAUUCUCGUGAAGCAGUAUGGAUCUUCAAUUACCUUCCAUGGCAACAUCGAGAAUUUAGAGGACGUUCUUUACUGAGGGGGCUGAUCGGAUUAGGCAGUCGUCUUAGAGCAUCUAUCCGAACGGCUCCACCACGGAUAGUAGCAGUGUUAGAAUGGUUUAUGAUGGCGUUGGAGAUUGAUGACGAAUAA